CAGGCUUCCCGAAUGAUUUUAAACAAUGCCACCAGCCCUGUGACUGAGUUCAUCCUGUUGGGCUUUUCGUCCCUGGACCAGACAAGUCGCUUCUUCCUCUGUGCCCUCCUCUCCUCAACCUAUACCCUGACACUAGCAGGAAACUUUUGUAUCAUGGUGGCUAUUCUACAGGACCCCCACCUCCACCAUUUGCCCAUGUAUGUCCUCCUGGGGAAUUUCUCUUUCCUGGAGAUCUGCUACGUCACAGCUACAGUGCCACGGAUGCUGGUGGAUCUGGUGACCCCUCAAGGAGACAUCAUUUCCUUUCAAGCCUGCUUCCUCCAGUUCUACUUCUUCUUCUCUAUGGGGGCCACUGAAUGCUCCUUCCUUUCAGCCAUGGCAUUAGAUAGGUACCUGGCUAUUUGUCACCCCCUGCAUUACCCCAGCCUCAUGUCCCAGCAGAUCUGCUUAAUCCUGGUGGCUUCUUGCUGGGUUUGUGGCUUCCUCUGGUUCAUGAUCCCCAUUGUCCUCAUCUCUCAGCUCCCCUUCUGCCACCCCAAUGUCUUGGAUCAUUUUGUUUGUGAUCCAGCCCCAUUGCUAGCUGUCUCCUGUGCCCUUAGUCCUCAGACUGAACAUGCCUUCUAUACCCUUAGUUCCCUCAUCAUUAUCAGUACUUUUCUAUUUAUUCUGGCCUCCUAUGCAAUGGUUCUUAAGGCAGUGAUAAGACUACCACAGGGGGCUGGGAGACGCAAGGCCUUUUGCACAUGCACUUCACAUCUUGCUGUGGUAGGUCUCUUCUAUGGCUCUAUUAUGGUCACUUAUGUCAAUCCAGCAGCCUCCGGGAGCAGUGGGAAGAUAGUCACACUCUUCUAUGUAGUGGUGACACCACUGUUCAACCCGUUGAUCUACAGCUUGAGAAACAAGGAGGUGAAGGAAGCUUUGAGGAAGACACUGCUUGGGGAGUGA